AUGCACCUCUCCCAUAUUCUUGUUAUGUUCUCCAAAGGAAAAGACCGCUUGAACAGAGUUCAAGCCAAGUAUAGAAUUGAGAAUAUUCCCUUGCCCUUCGUCAAACAAGAUAUUCAAGCAGGACAAGAAUGGAUUAGAGGUGCCAUGCUCUGUGCUCUGGUAACGGCAUCAAUCGGUAUCUUGAAUGUGAUCCUCACAAUAAUCGCGGCUGGUAUCGCCUAUUCAAAAAAGGCAAGCGACACUCACCUCACAUAUGCAGAAAUCUACGAGGGCGAUUGUUCAAUCACCAGUAAUUGGACUACCGGAAUGCACCUGGUUAUCAACGUCCUCAGCAGUAUCCUGUUGGCCGCUAGCAACUAUGUCAUGCAAUGCUUAAGCGCACCCUCGCGGGUUGAUAUUGACAGGGCUCAUUCGAAAGACAGGGAAAACCUCGGAGGCUCUUCUAGCCUUGCUUCUUUUGACCAGAUGCGGGGAUAUCUGGGAGCCCGACCCGACUUUAUAUCCCAGUCUAGUGUCAACAGCUUUUAUCUGGAGACUCAACAUUGGAAUUAUCCAAUAUGGUCUUUCAAAUACAAGGGUAGUGGCGACUGGGGUGACUUGUUUGACCUAUGUUAUACCCCUUGGCAAGGGCAAAACGACGCAGCCUGUUACGAUAGAGCUAUUGAUACACGCACACUUCAAGAUUUUCUUUGGACUGAAAAUCCGACCGAAAUGCAGUUAGGCAACUUUUUCAAUACGGCUUCGAAUUGGCGGAACAGCUCAUGGGCAGCCGAGAUUUCGUUUCGCAUCGACGUCCCUUCGGAUCCCGGUGGAGGCUUUUCUAUGCUCGGGGAAUGUCCCUGUGAAAUAGAGUAUACUGAUGGCCUUUCUCACAAUAUCACGAUUUCAGGCUGCAUGACCAGCGACGCGCAGCAGCACUGCCAGCUGUAUUUUAGCCUGCCGAUAUGCAUCGCGGUGAUUGUAUGCAAUAUUAUCAAAGUCCUCUGCAUGUAUAUGACGGCGAAAAAAGAUCGCAAAGAGAUCUUUCUGACGAUCGGUGAUGCGCUAUCUUCAUUUCUGGACAAACCUGAUGCAACAACCCGAGGCCAGUCCGUUCUGCCUGCUAACGACAUAACAUAUGGACUGCGAAGUUGGGCUAAACGUGCCCUAACGAUGCCAUUCAAGAAUAAUCUCGCCAAUGUAACGAUACCCCGAGAGACAAGCCCUCAACUGUUUCCUAAACGGAAGAGAUGGAUACAGGCUGCGAGCUGGAGACGCUGGGCCUUUACUUACAUCUUGUACUUACCCCAGCCCAAAUAA